ACUUCACCAUGAACACGCUGUCGGAACCCAAUGGCGCCUUUGCCAUCCGCCUUUUAAAGCUUCUUGGUCAGGAGGACCCUGCACGCAAUGUCUUCUACUCUCCCUUGAGCGUCUCCUCAGCCUUGGCCAUGCUCCUGCUGGGGGCCAAGGGGAGGACAGCAGCACAGAUCGUCCAGGCGCUGGCAGUAAACACUGAGGACGACAUCCACCAGGGCUUCCAGUCGCUUCUCACCCAAGUGCACAGGCCUGAGGCUCCGUUCUCCCUCAGCAUAGCCAACGGGCUCUUUGGAGAAGAGAGCUGCCAGUUCCUCUCAUCAUUUCAGGACUACUGUCUGCAGUUCUACCAGGCAGAGCUGGAGCAGCUGUCCUAUACCAAAGAUGCAGAGAGGUCCAGGAAACACAUCAAUGCUUGGGUGUCCAGAAAGACUGAAGGCAAAAUUGAAGAGUUGUUGGCAAAGGAUUCAAUGGAAUCGGACUGCGGACUGGUUCUCAUUAACGCUGUCUACUUCAAAGGAAGGUGGGAGGAACAGUUUCAAGAGUCUUGCACAAGGACAAUGCCUUUCAAAAUAAGCCAGAAGGAGCAGAGGCCGGUGCAGAUGAUGUUCCAGGAAGCCACGGUUCCUUUGGCUCAUGUGAGUGAGGUGCAGGCCCAGGUGCUGGAGCUGCCCUAUGUGGGCCAGGAGCUGAGCAUGGUCGUGGUGCUCCCGGACGAAGGCAUGGACCUCAGCAUGGUGGAAAAAUCCCUCACGUUUGAGAAAUUCCAAAGCUGGACCAGUCCAGAGCACAUGAGGAGGACUGAAGUGGAAGUUUUCCUCCCGAGAUUUAAACUGCAAGAGGAUUACGACAUGGGCUCUGUGCUGCAGGGUCUGGGCGUGGUGGACGCCUUUCACCCUGGCAAGGCCGACCUGUCCGGGAUGUUGGCCGACAGCGACCUGUGUGUGUCCAAGUUUGUGCACAAGAGUGUGGUGGAGGUCAACGAGGAAGGCACGGAGGCUGCGGCAGCAUCAGCUUGUGAGAUUGAACUGUGUUGUGCGAGGUGUUUGCCGGUGUUCCGUGCUGACCACCCCUUCCUGUUCUUCAUCAGGCACAACAGCACCAACAGCCUGCUGUUCUGUGGCAGGUUCUCGUCUCCGUGAGGGGUGUGCUCCCUGUGCAUGCAAGCACUUUCCUCUGCAUCACCAAGUCCCAUCCAAACUCCAUGAAGUGGGCUCAUUAGAAAGGCCAAGGGCAGCCUAAGGGCAGACUGGCCCGCAUCUGCCCAUCUCUCAGCACAGCGCACCACGCGCGUGCUCCUCUCCCCACACUGCCACUCACCUGUGCCACUUGACCAAGAUCUUAGGACAGCAGACCUCCAUGUUGACUGCAGGGUGGAGAGCAGAUGCACUGCCCACAGUUUUCCUGGAUGGUCACAAACACGUCUGACAUUCUCUAUCCGAGCUUCUUUUUGUACUCACAGUGCGCCUCCUAGAACCUCCAACCCUGUCACACGUGUACCUCAACCGCACCUUCUGAAUAGCAAUCCCUGCUGCCAGGUAUUACUAUUCCUUGGACAGUUUUCCUGCUGCUUGGACUUUUUAGAGAAGUGCACAUUUGAAUUGUAUUUUAUUGGACAUUUGCUGUUCGCCAGGUCUGUGCAGAACACUGCAUUCGGCUGGGGACAGAGUCAGGCUUCGUCAGCAGCUGCUCUUUAUGGUCUGUGCCCAGCUCACACAGCUGUUGUGGCAGCCGGUUCCACUAUGUAAUAUCUUCAGUCGUGUAGGGAUGACAAGUUAUUCAUGUGAUUUGAUUUCUCCAUCUCCAACCCUAGCUGUUAAAUUCCAUUCAACACCUGAAAUUCAUUUCAGAUGUCUUCUUCAGGAAAGUUUUCCUUUUCUCCAGAACCUCAUGUGUACUUUGAACUCAGAUUGCAGCAGUUCAUGGUGGUAGCUUUUUUUUUAUUAAUCUUCUUUCCUCUAAGGAUGUUCCCCACCUAGAUCUUAGAUUCGCUGGGACUAAGAUUCCAUCUCACCUACCUGUGUGUCGCUUAUACUACAAUAAUAAGUUACUCACCGUAUACAAGCUCUAACUACUUUCAGGGGUGAGACAUCACCAACUAUAUUGUGCUCUUUUAGAAUUUCAUUGUUUAUGACUUUCAUAUAAUAAAGUUAACCAUCUUAGUACAUUAAGUGUGUCAUGUAACCACCACUUUUAUUCAGUUCCAAAAAAGUUUUCAUUGUCCCAAAUGAAGCUGUGCCCCCUAAGCAGAGAAUCUGCAUUUGUUGCUCCCUGAAGCCCUGGGCAUCACCAUUUUGCUUUCUCUCUCUGACAACUUACCUGCUAUGAACGUUUCAU